CAACAAUUAGGGUUUUUUUAACCCUCUUUCUCUUGAUUUUACUCGCUCCAUCGACAAAAUUUUCUCUAUACACUUCUGCAAUCACCGGUCGCCUUUCAGCCGAUCGGUUUGAAUUGAAUUAAAACACUCACAUUUAUCCUUAAUUUAUCAAUUUGAGUUCUCAAUAUUUCUUCUUGUGUUUGUUAGAUUUUGGGUUGAUUCGGGUCCUUUUCUUGAUACAUCGGGUGUUAUUUUGUGUGAUUUGUGAGCGACGAUGAUAAGGGUUCAGUGGUUCUUCGAUCGUCGUUGAUCGUUGGAUACGAAAGGGGGUUUGGGGUUUUGUAUGGAAACUCGUAGCCGGAAGAGGGCGGAGGCCACCUCAUCAGCCCAUUCUUCAUCAUCAUCCGGCGGACCUUUCACACGUUCCAACAAACGCACUCGUCUCUCUACUACUACCUCCUCCUCCGCCUCAGCCGCAGCAGCUUCCAACGUUGUCGUUCAAUCGGUUUCUACUCGUUCACGCGCUACUAACAUGGAAAAUUCCACCAACGAAUCGUCCGGGUCUGGGUCGGGUCGUGGCCGUCGCAAUAGGAAGAGUACUAAUAACCAGAAUAUGGUAUCGGAUAGGGAUAAUUCGGAAAAAGGGAAAGAGAAAGAACAUGAAGUUAGGGUUAAGGAUAGAGAUAAUAUUAAUAGAGACAGCCCGUAUGGACUGAAUAUCGAUAUGAGCGCUGAUGGAGGUGACGACGACGACGACGAUAGCGAGGGUGGGGGUGUCGGGAUUUUGCAUCAGAACUUGACUUCUGCAAGCAGUGCACUUCAAGGUUUGUUGAGGAAGCUAGGUGCAGGGUUGGAUGAUCUGCUUCCUUCAUCAGCAAUGGCGUCAGCCUCUUCAUCCCAUCAGAGCGGUCGUCUAAAGAAGAUCCUUUCCGGUUUGCGUGCUGAUGGGGAAGAAGGAAAGCAAGUUGAGGCGUUAACACAGCUAUGUGACAUGCUUGCUAUUGGAACUGAGGAUUCACUCAGUACCUUCUCAGUCGAUUCCUUCGUGCCUGUGCUUGUUGGGUUACUUAAUCAUGAGAGCAAUCCCGAUAUUAUGUUGCUUGCAGCAAGGGCACUCACACAUCUGUGUGAUGUUCUGCCGUCUUCAUGUGCUGCUGUGGUGCACUAUGGUGCUGUUUCUUGCUUCGUUGCUAGGUUGCUUACCAUUGAGUACAUGGACCUGGCUGAACAAUCCUUGCAAGCUCUUAAGAAGAUAUCUCAGGAACACCCAACUGCCUGCUUGCGAGCAGGGGCUCUAAUGGCAGUGCUCUCUUAUCUUGACUUCUUCUCAACAGGAGUCCAGCGUGUGGCAUUAUCCACUGCUGCAAACAUGUGCAAAAAACUCCCAUCUGAUGCAGCUGAUUUUGUCACGGAAGCAGUUCCCUUAUUGACAAAUCUUCUUCAGUACCAUGAUGCCAAGGUUUUGGAGCAUGCUUCAGUUUGUUUGACUAGAAUUGCAGAGGCGUUUGCAUCAUCUCCUGAUCAGCUGGACGAGCUUUGUGCCCAUGGAUUGGUUAAACAAGCAGCCUCUCUCAUCUCAACCAGUUGUUCUGGAGGUGGACAAGCAUCCCUCAGUACAUCCACAUACACGGGCUUAAUUCGAUUGCUAUCUACAUGUGCAAGUGGCUCUCCUUUAGGAUCCAAAACUUUGCUCCUUAUGGGAAUCAGUGGGAUUCUCAAAGAUAUUUUAUCAGGCUCUGGUCUUGUUUCAACAAUGUCUGUGUCACCUGCCUUGAGCAGACCACCAGAGCAGAUUUUUGAGAUUGUGAAUUUGGCAAAUGAGCUUCUUCCUCCAUUACCCAAUGGAACCAUAACUCUUCCUGCCAGCAGCAAUCUAUAUGUAAAAGGGUCUCUUUUGAAGAAGUCAACUGCUGGAAGUUCUAGCAAGCAAGAAGAAACAAGUGGAGGUGCACCUGAGAUUUCAGCUCGGGAGAAGCUGUUAACUGAGCAACCUGAGCUUUUGCAGCAAUUUGGAAUGGACCUUCUUCCUAUUCUUAUUCAGAUGUAUGGCUCAAGUGUAAACCAACCUGUGCGUCACAAGUGUCUAUCAGUUAUCGGGAAGUUGAUGUACUUCAGCACUGCUGAUAUGAUUCAAUCUCUACUUGGUGUCACCAACAUAUCAAGUUUCUUGGCUGGUGUUUUGGCAUGGAAGGAUCCACAAGUCUUGGUACCUUCCCUUCAAAUAGCAGAGAUCUUAAUGGAAAAACUUCCAGAAACUUUCAGCAAAAUGUUUGUAAGAGAAGGUGUUGUUCAUGCAAUCGACACACUUGCAGGAUCAGGAUCAUCUGGUAACACUCUUUCUCCACCAUUAUCAAACGAGAAGAUUAACGAUUCUAUUCCUGGAUCAUCUUCCUCACGCUCAAGGCGUUAUCGACGCCGCAUUACUACCUCCACUACAGAUCCAAAUCCAUCUGAAGAUCCCCAAAACAUGGAACCGGGCCCCACAGUUGACCUUCCAACAGUCAACUCCACUCUCCGUAUAACAGUCAGCACAACCGCAAAAGCAUUCAAAGACAAGUACUUUCCUUCCGACCCCGGAGCCAUAGAAGUCGGAGUCACAGACGAUCUUUUACAUCUAAAAAACCUCUGCAAGAAGUUAGGCUCUCCAAUCGAUGACCACAAGUCAAAAUCAAAAGGAAAGUCAAAAGCUUCCGGAAACCGCUUUGUUGACUUUUCACCUGGAAAAGAAGAAAACUUAUUAGGAGUAAUCACCGAGAUGUUAACCGAACUCAACGGGGUCUCCACAUUCGAAUUCAUCGGUAGUGGGGUCGUAUCCGCUUUAUUAAACUACUUCUCUUGUGGACAUUUCUCAAAAGAAAGAGUCUCAGAAGCCAAUUUACCUAAACUUAGACACCUGGCUAUUAAAAGAUACACAUCUUUCAUAGAAGUUGCACUUCCUGCAAGUGUAGAUGACCCAAAGCGGGCCCCAAUGAGUGUUCUUGUUCAAAAGCUACAACACGCGUUGACCUCUUUAGAACGUUUUGCAGUUGUGUUAAGUCAUAGUUCAAGGUCAAAUUCCGGAAAUGCCCGUCUGUCGUCUGGUUUAGGUGCUUUGUCUCAACCGUUUAAGCUUCGGCUUUGUAGGGCACAUGGGGAAAAAGGUCUUCGGGAUUAUUCUUCAAAUGUUGUUUUGAUUGACCCGUUGGCGAGUUUGGCUGCUGUGGAGGAUUUUCUUUGGCCACGUGUGCAACGGAGUGAGUCUAGUCAGAAGGUGUAUGUUGGGAACUCGGAGUCUGGGACGACACCUGGCGGGGCUGCGGGUGCUUCGUCACCUUCGACUCCGGUGUCUGCGACACGUCAGCAGUCUAAUAGGUCUAGGGGUUCGAUUAGUAUAGGGGAUAAUAAUAAUAAUAAUAAUUCAGGGAAAAAAGAGACCCCACAAGAGAAAAAUGCAAGUUCUUCAAAGGGGAAAGGGAAGGCUGUGGUGAAGUCUGGUCAAGAUGAUGGUAGAGGACCUCAGACUAGAAAUGCUGCGAGGAGAAGAGCUGCUUUGGAUAAAGAUGCACAGAUGAAAUCUGUAGAUGGGGAAUCUACUUCUGAGGAUGAGGACUUUGAUAUAUCACCUGUUGAGAUGGAUGAUGCAUUGGUGAUUGAAGAAGAUGAUAUUUCUGAGGAUGAAGAUGAAGAUCCUGAUGAUGUGGUAGGUGAAGAUCUUCCUGUUUGCAUGGCAGAUAAAGUCCACGAUGUUAAAUUACCCGAAUCCACUGAAGAAAGACCUGUUGACACCCAAACAAAUCCCGCUUCCGGUUCAAGCAGCCGAGGAACCGGAACCGGAAUCCGUGGUUCCGAUUCCGCCGAUUUCAGAACCUCAAAUUCCUUGGGUUCAAGGGGCACAAUGUCAUUUGCUGCUGCUGCCAUGGCUGGACUUGCAUCAGCAAACGGGCGGGGCACCCGGGGCGGGCGGGACCGCCACGGGCGACCCGUCUUGGGCUCCAACGACCCACCCCGGUUGGUAUUCUCUUCAAAUGGAAAGCCACUCAACCGCCAUUUAACCAUCUAUCAAGCUAUUCAAAGACAACUAGUUCUUGAUGAAGAUGAUGAUGAGAGAUACAACGGGAGUGAUUUUGUAUCUAGUGAUGGAAGCAGAUUAUGGGGAGAUAUUUACACAGUUACAUACCAACGAGCCGAUAACCAAACCGUGGGGUCCACAACCCCAUCUAAAUCCCCCAAAACCGGUUCCACCUCAAACUCCAAUGAUCCACGAGCACACCAAAUGUCACUUUUAGACACCCUUUUGCAAGGAGAGCUUCCUUGUGAUUUGGAAAGAAACAACCCGACUUACAAUAUCCUAUCUUUGCUACGCGUAUUAGACGGUUUAAACCAGCUGGCGCCACGUCUGCGUGUCCAGUCAGCAACCGAUGGUUUCGCGGAAGGAAAAAUCUCGAGCCUUGACGAUCUAAAUGUUACGGGAAUCCGGGUCCCAUCAGACGAGUUUAUAAACGGGAAAUUGACUCCAAAACUUUCUAGACAAAUUCAAGAUGCUCUUGCACUUUGCAGUGGUAGUGUUCCUUCAUGGUGUUAUCAGUUAACAAAAGCCUGCCCGUUUUUGUUCCCUUUAGAAGUCAGGCGUCAGUAUUUCUACUCAACUGCUUUCGGUUUAUCUCGUGCAUUAAAUCGGCUUCAAAAUCAACAAGGUGCAGAUGGACAAGGGUCGAUGAAUGAGCGGGAAUUUAGGGUCGGGAGAUUACAACGCCAAAAAGUCCGUGUUUCCCGGAAUCGGAUUCUUGAUUCUGCUGCUAAAGUUAUGGAGAUGUAUUCGAGUCAAAAAGCGGUUCUUGAAGUGGAGUAUUUUGGUGAAGUUGGAACUGGGCUUGGGCCCACUUUGGAGUUUUACACUCUGUUGAGUCAUGACCUUCAGAAAACAGGGUUGAACAUGUGGAGGUGUAAUUCUCAGAGUGUCGACACGUCACCGGAUGUUGACCCUGAUGAGAAGAAAGUUGACCUUAUUUUAGCACCUCUAGGGUUGUUCCCACGUCCUUGGGCUCUUACUGUUGAUGCCUCUGAUGGGGGGCAGUUUGGGAAAGUGAUAGAACAUUUCCGGCUUCUUGGUCGUGUCAUGGCUAAAGCACUUCAAGAUGGGAGGCUUUUGGAUCUGCCACUUUCAACUGCUUUCUAUAAGCUUGUGCUUGGACAGGAACUUGAUUUGCAUGAUAUUUCACUAUUUGAUGCUGAAUUAGGCAAGACAUUGCAAGAAUUGCAAGCUCUUGUUUCCAGGAAACAGUAUCUGGAGUCUAUACAUGACAGAAAUGAGAUACUCAACUUAAGGUUCAGGGGUGCUCCAGUUGAAGAUCUUUGCUUGGACUUCACACUUCCUGGAUACCCUGAUUUUGUUCUCAAAACAGGCGAUGUUAAUGUCGAUUUAAAUAAUUUGGAGGAAUACAUUUCACUGGUGGUUGAUGCUACUGUGAAGACUGGUAUCACAAGGCAAUUGGAAGCAUUUAGAGCUGGGUUUAAUCAGGUUUUUGAUGUGUCAAGUCUACAAAUAUUUUCUCCAAGUGAGUUGGAUUAUUUACUUUGUGGGCGCAGAGAAAUGUGGGAGGCUGAUACACUUGUGGAACACAUUAAAUUCGACCAUGGAUACACUUCCAAGAGCCCUGUAGUAAUUAACUUGCUUGAGAUAAUGGGAGAGUUCAAUCCAGAACAGCAAAGGGCUUUCUGUCAGUUUGUUACUGGUGCACCUCGGCUUCCUCCAGGUGGCUUGGCUGUCUUGAACCCUAAGUUGACCAUUGUCAGAAAGCACUCUUCGAGCUCCAACAACACGACAUCAAAUGCUGCGGGUGGAGUAUCGGAAUCUGCAGAUGAUGAUUUGCCAAGUGUCAUGACAUGUGCCAACUACCUCAAGCUUCCUCCCUAUUCCACCAAGGAGAUCAUGUACAAGAAACUAGUGUAUGCUAUUAAUGAAGGACAGGGAUCAUUUGAUUUGUCAUGAUUGGAAUUGUGUAUAUUUUGUAUCAGAGAAAAAGAUCAUCAAUCAAUCAAUCCAUCAAAUCUUUGAAAUCAUUUCUUUUGUUAACUGGUGCAUAAUUAUUGGGGGGCUACUACUACUCUACUCAAUAAACCUUUCUUUAGGUGGAGGCAUAAUACUUAAGAUCAGUUGAAUGUGCGGAAAUGAUUGGUGAAAGGUGGAGGUAGAGAAAGAAGGAAGUUGAAGUUGAAUUUUCUGGAUGUUUUAAUUAUAUUACAAGGCUUUUGUAAAUAAAUAGUGGAAUGUCAUAAAACUUCUGCUGCCUGCUCUUGCUCUGCUUACAACUUUGUUCUCUCACAUUUUCAUUUUGCAUACAUUUUCUAAUCUCUGCUUUAUUAUUUACUUGGAAUUUUUUCCCUAUACAUGAAUAGCUGAUGCAACUUUUAUAUUUAUUUUUGGUUUUGUUUA